UUGCUGCCUGGUGGUACAGAGAAGGAUCCUGCAGGUUUCUGCUUCCCUGGAGCAGCUGCUGACAGAGCUGGAGGACUUUCUCAAGAUCCUGGACCAGGAGAACCUGAGCAGCACAGCCCUGGUGAAGAAGUAUGGGCUGGCCGAGCUCCUCCAGCUGUACACCAAAAGCAGCAGCUCCGAUGAGGAGUACAUUUACAUGAACAAAGUGACGGUCAACAAGCAACCGAAUGCUGAGCCCCAAGACAAAGCACCUGAGGAGCAUAAGCCGCUGACCAAUGGGGAGCCUGGCCAGCACUCCUCAGCUCCUCAGAAGAGUCUUCCAGACCUCCCUCCACCCAAGAUCAUUCCAGAACGGAAGCAGCUCUCCAUCCCGAAGAUUGAGUCUCCAGAGGGUUACUAUGAAGAGGCUGAGCCAUAUGACAUGUCCCUCAAUGAGGACGGAGAGGCCGUGAGCAGCUCCUACGAGUCCUACGACGAGGAGGAGAGCAGCAAAGGCAAGUCGGCCCCCUACCAGUGGCCGUCGCCCGAGGCCAGCAUCGAGCUGAUGCGUGACGCCCGCAUCUGCGCCUUCCUGUGGCGCAAGAAGUGGCUGGGACAGUGGGCCAAGCAGCUCUGCGUCAUCAAGGACACCAGGCUGCUGUGUUACAAGUCCUCCAAGGACCACAGCCCGCAGCUGGACGUGAACUUGCUGGGCAGCAGCGUUGUUCACAAGGAGAAGCAGGUGCGGAAGAAGGAGCAUAAGCUGAAGAUCACGCCGAUGAACGCAGACGUGAUCGUGCUGGGCCUGCAGAGCAGGGACCAAGCCGAGCAGUGGCUCCGGGUCAUCCAGGAGGUGAGUGGCCUGCCUUCGGAAGGAGCGUCCGAGGGGAACCAGUACACCCCAGAUGUCCUGCGCCUGAACUGCCAGAAAGCAGACAUAACGGAGAAGUGCCUGUCGGGCUUGGACUAUGGCAGCUCUGUGGAUGGCCACCUGGAGGUCCCCGAGACCAAAGAUGUCAAGAAGAAGUCUUCUGCUGGCCUCAAACUGAGCAACCUCAUGAACCUGGGCAGGAAGAAGUCCACCUCGCUGGAGCCUUCAGAAAGGUCCCUCGAGACGUCGUGCUACCUGAACGUGCUGGUGAACAGCCAGUGGAAGUCCCGCUGGUGCUCCGUCAGGGACAGUCACCUGCACUUCUACCAGGACCGGAACCGGAGCAAGGUGGCCCAGCAGCCCGUCAGCCUGGUGGGCUGCGAGGUGGUCCCGGACCCGAGCCCCGACCACCUCUACUCCUUCCGCAUCCUCCACCACGGCGAAGAGCUGGCCAAGCUGGAGGCCAAGUCUUCUGAGGAAAUGGGCCACUGGCUCGGCCUCCUGCUGUCCGAGUCGGGCUGCAAGACAGACCCGGAGGAGUUCACCUACGACUACGUGGACGCGGACAGGGUCUCCUGCAUCGUCAGCGCGGCAAAGAACUCUCUGCUCCUGAUGCAGAGAAAGGUCUCGGAGCAGAACAUGUACAUCGAUGGCCUGCCCAGCCCGGCCCAGCAGGACCUGCUGUAUGACGACGUGGAGAUGUCCGAGCUGACGGCCGUGGCGGAAGCCACCCCUGUGGCGGGUGCUGAGAGCGAGCCCGACCGAGUGUACCUGGACCUCACACCCGUCAAGUCCUUCCUGCAUGGCGCAGGCGGUGCCCUGGCCCGAGCCCCGUCCCCCACGCCGCCACACCUGGACCCCUCAGCGGAAGUCCUACCCACAGUCCACAGCCCCAGCUCUGACGAGGCCAUGGUGAAGUCUCCAGAGACUCCGGAGCUGCAGAUGCAGGGGGCGAGUGGGGAGCCGUCCCAGAGAAUCUCAACCGCCAAAAUCCAGGCUGAACAGCAGAAAGUCUGCUCACCCAGCUGCCCUGAUGCUGUAGCUGUCACCCCAGCGGGGGCCAGCCCCCCGGUGAAAGACAGGCUGAAGAUCACCUCUGCAGAGAUCAAACUUGGCAAGAAUCGGACGGAGGCUGAGGUGAAGCGGUACAGCGAGGAGAAGGAGCGGCUCGAGAAGAAGAAGGAAGAGAUCCGAGGGAACCUGGCCCAGCUUCGGAAAGAGAAGCGGGAGCUGAAGGAGAACCUGUCCAGGUGUACAGAUAAGGGUGUCAUGGCCAGCCUGGAGCAGAAGCUGAAAGAAAUCGAUGAGGAGUGCAGGGUGGAGGAGAGCAGGCGCGUGGACCUUGAGCUCAACAUCGUGGAGGUGAAGGACAACUUGAAGAAGGCGGAGGCAGGACCGGUGACCCUGGGCACCACAGUGGACACCUCGCAUCUGGACAACACCAGCCCCCGCCAGCCCAAAGCCGCCACCCCCACCCCUGAAGCUACGCCAGUCAACUCUGCAACAGCCCUCAAAAACAGGCCUCUUUCGGUCAUGGUCACUGGCAAAGGCACCGUCCUGCAGAAAGCGAAGGAAUGGGAGAAGAAAGGAGGAAGUUAGGAGAGAAACUCCACGGAGAGACUGUCCUGGUGCUGUGGAUGUCAGUGACAAUCCCGCUUCAUUAACAUCUUGGUUAAAGCAGCCACUUUGUCAGGGUGAGUCUGGCUGGAGGAAAAGCAAUGACUGGGCCUGUGAGCAGAGACCUUCAGCUACCAGGAGGCCCUGGCCCUUUUCAGAGCCAAAGGAAAUGACCCAACAAAAAAGCCAAGCUGCUUUGGAGACCUGCGGACAAGACGUUGCUGUACGGGGUGUUCCGUUUCUCGUCUUUGUCGACUGUUUUAUCAAGCUUGUGAUGCUGAGACUUUGGAGAAAAAUCAAGAUAGUAGGGCUCUGUUCCACUGGCCACAAAGCUUUGGUGCCCAAGAACCAAACACCCUGAGUGUCUGCUCUUGCCUAGCACCCCGCCUCUAAUCCUCCCCAAGGUUCGGAGGCCAGCUCCAUCGUCAGAGCAUCGCUGGUACCUGUGUGAAACCAUCAAUGACAAGCUGUCACAGGAAAAUAUUUGGGACCAAGCAGUGGCACCAAGUUAAGGAUUUUUCAGCCUAAAGCAGGUGUGAAUCAACUGUUCAAUGAAAUUUUAAGUGAUAUUGUUGCAUUAUAUUAAAAAAAAAAAAGUUCAAAAUCCUGUAAUUUAGAACAGUGUAAAGUAUCCUGAGAUUCAACUGACUUUGUAUCUUACCUUUGGGGGAAAAAACACCAUGUUUACAGAUCCAGCCCUAUGGCGAGACCAUUUUUAAGGAAAGAGCAAUUUAAUAUAACAGCGCUCUUAUUCCUGUUUUUUUUUUUUUUUUUAACUUGUGCUUAAUGUCUAGGCCCCUUCUAAGCAAAAAUAGUCAAAUUUGGGUUCUUUUGCCCCAUCUUAUCUUCUAAUGGCAUUUUUUUAACACAGGUUGAAACAUUUCAUCUAUCUCUGCCCCGUUUCUGGGGGUUCUCAGUACCCUACAGUGGGUCCUGAGAGCUAAAGAUCUUUUCUUAUCGUCUAAUCCCAGGGCAUUGAUUUCCUUUGUCAUAAACCCUUGAUGUCUCUUUACCAAGUGGUGAGUUAAUUUUUUAAUAAAAUGUUAAUUGUAUUUUGGGUUUUCCUUGUAUUUUAUGGAAUACUUUGGGGAGGCAACAUUUUGAUUAUUUCCCACUAACUCUCCAAAAUAACAUGCAAUAAAAACUGGUAGAACUAGGGUGGCAUUUUAGCAGAAGAAUGUCAGCCUUACCUGUGCCACUUGAGUAAAGGCUGCUUAAACGAAUAGUAUUGUUAACAGCAUAUCAAAGUGAAGGAAAACAUAUGCCCAUACUUGAAAGGCUGCCUAGGUAAAAACAGGAUCUUUAAAUCACACAGUGCUAUGCAGUUUCCAAAAUAAUUGGCAAAUUAGAUCCAGGAAUCGUACCUGGAUAACAUUUGUCCAAGAAGUUCAACAACUGAAAGCAUGCUAAUAUAGUCACGGGUGAUUUAUCACAGAAACAUCUCUAAGGAAGUAGAAAGUAUGCCCCAAAUCUCAGAAUAAUCUGCACAAAAUGAUGAUGAAAAAGUCCAAGUGUAGAACCAGAUACAAAUGCAAGCUGUUGUUACCUUUUAAAAAUAUUUUAGAGCUCACAGACAAUGCAAAAUGGCAAGAAAAAGUCUAAAACAAUUUGAAGGUAUCUUUCUCGAAAAGCAACAGAAUCAAGAGUAUUCAGCAAGAGGUUUUUUUGGGGCUGAAAUUUGCAUGUCCCAGAGCCUGCAGUACACAACUAUUAAACAGCUUUUAGAGAUAAUGAACUCACAGAGGUUCUCUCACAUCACCUCCUGCCUCCCGCGGGGGGUCACGGAGGGCUGGUGUCGCCUGUGUCACGACAGGAAUGGAAUCGCCCUAUGAAUGUGUCAGCGCUUUGUGCUCGGACCUUACGUUUUUAAUAUCUAACACCCCCGUGGGGAUAUCCUCCUCGUAUUGCCCUAGAAAUCCUGCAGCUCUUAAAACUGGGUACUUCAAUCAAAAUGGAUUUGAUGGCUUGCAUGUAAACCAUUCUUAAAGCAAUGAUAAAGUCUGGAUUUAGGUCAGAGUUCUACAAAACAGUCUAGUGACAGUCCCGACUGGAAACAGCACAGCCACAGCAGCAAAUUGAUUCUUAAGUACUGCAGGUGGGAGUAAGGGCCUCGAUUGUCAGAAAAUAUCCCAAAUAAACCUUUGCCGCCUACCCACAAGCACUCCUGUCAAACAGAUAGCCAA